AUGUCCAACCCAGAUACACCUCGCAAGAUGAGGGCGGCGGUCUUCCAGGAGGCAUGUGCCAGUAACGGGAACGACGAAAUCCUUGUCAAGGUAGCCAGUGCGAGCCUGUGUGGCUCGGAUCUUAUUGUCUACAGAGGGUACCUCGGCCCACCGGCAGGACGCGUUGGAGGCCACGAAGCUGUCGGCCCUAUUGUCCAAGUCGGCAAUUCUGUCAAUGGAUUCAAAGUCGGAGAUCGAGUCGGCUUCCUGAACUGUUUGACCACGUGUGAGGCGUGCACUCAGUGUCUAGCUGGACAACAACAGUUUUGUGAAUCCGGAAAGAUCAACCAAGGCUUUGACACAAACGGUUUCUUUGCCGAAUAUGCGCGGGUCAAGGCUCUAUUUGCUGUCAAGAUCCCUGACGGGCUGCCUCUCGAGCGACUCUCUCCACUGUUUUGCGCAGGAAUUACAGCUUUCCGUGCCCUGAAGCAACUCGUGCCACUCCGGGCGGGUGUAAUUGGAGUGUUUGGGCUCGGUGGAGUGGGCGUGUUCGCCGUCCGCUUUGCCAAAGCCUUGGGGUAUCAGGUCCUGGGCUUUGACGUCUCGACUGAAGCCAGGGAAGCUGCGCAUGGAUACGGUAUAGACGCUACGGUCGAUGGUUCGGACGCAAAUGCCGUCUCCGAAGCCCUCGCUCAAUUCGACAAGUCGGCGGGGCUGGACGGGGCCAUUGUUGCAGCUGGCGUGCCUGCGGCAUAUCAGGCUGCUAUCAACUACACUGGAUUCAAUGGGACAAUAGUGGCCGUGGGAGUGCCGCACACGGACGUAAGCAUUACUAUUUUACAAUUUGUGAAGAAGAAUCUGCGGCUGCAAGGAACCCAAAGCGGCACUCCGCUGGAGCUGAAGGAGAUGAUGCAGUUGGUCCAGGCACAUUCAAUCAUCCCGGAUGUAGACUUGUCGCCUCUCGAUGCUCUUCCCGAGCUAGUGGAUGCUUUGGCGACUGGUAAGAUUACACGCAAAGUAGGCGUCGUUUUCGACAAUACGCAGUCCAGUUAG